AUCGUUCUAUGAGGAAAAGCGAGCAACCUCAUCGAAUUGACAUGACGAUUCAUACCCAGGAGAGAAGAAUCACGGACAGUCAUUGUUCAUGUAAAGCUGGAAUAACUGGGCUAUGUUCUCAUGCUGUUAGCGUCGUCUACACAGUUGGCCACUAUAAACGUUUGGGACUGAAAGAUAUCCCUUCACAGCUGGCUUGUACCAGUUUGCCUCAACAGUGGCACAAACCGCGGGGCCCAAAGAUCAAUGCCGAGCCCGUAGCUGCAAUAGUUUUCGCUAAACCAAGGCCAACACCUCGCCGAAAAAGGCCAGUGUGUUGUUCUACACCAACACUUAGGAUCCCAGAAUUGAAGGAAGAUGACAUAAAGAAGUUGAAAGUAGACAAGUCCACACCAUUAUCAUAUUUACUGCAAGAUGAACUGCACACAGAAAAAACAGAGUAUGGAAUUGUGCAGAAGGGUUCAAUGUUACCUUUACAGCUGCCUGAUUCUUGCAACCAUGGAGAACACAUCCAACUCAGAAUAGACUGAAAUAGUAAAUAGUGAACAGGAUUGAUUAACUGACUGGGCAGUAAUGCCAUUAAAUAGCUACUGGAAAAUUUCUCACAACAACGAAACUCAGUUUGGAAUGAGAUGGAUAUUCCCCGUUUCCAGAGUAUGGAGUUAUCUUUCCUUUAGACCCGGUAUCUGCCUUCUGUCGUGUCCCACAGUGACCACAUACUAAG